AUGUCCAACAAGCGGACGCUCGACGGCUUUGUGGCCUGCUUCCGAUGCCCCAAAAGAGCCGUCCAAAGGCGGACAUGCGGAUCAGCUUUGUGCGCAGGCCUCGAAGGUUACUACGCAAUGUGCCGGGACUGUGCCUGGGGCCCUUGCCCCUUAUGUGGAGAAACCCCAGGAGUGGAAGAAGUGGAAACUGAGAGCAGCUUGCCCUACGCUGCCACGGACAGCUUGGGUGAGGUCUCGGAGGCUGUUGCAGACGAGCUUGCUGAGCGGAUCCUUCGAGUUCUGGAUAAGGCCGUAGGGCCGGUGACUCCUAUCGCUGUAGCACGGCAGUGCGCGCUGACGAUGUCCAAGGAUGUGAACCCGACACUCUACCGUCUAGAGGCUGCUGGAAAAGUCGACAGAAUCUGGAAUGAUGGGCAGAAUUUGUGGCAGCUAGCAUCGGCAAAGCCACAGCCAACGCAGCGAACGCAGGGGCAUCGUGGUUCCAUGCUGCCCGAUGCAAGUGUGCCAGAAGAGGUGCGGCGCAGUGACAAUGCCAUGGUCAAAGCCACGGACAGUCCCCUGGUGAAAAACAUUCUGACCAUCCUUGCUAAAGAAGGUGUUCCACUGACCGCUAUCAGCCUCGCACGGCGGUGUGGCCUGGAGAGGGCCUCCGACGUGAAUCCUACGCUUUAUGCCCUUCUGAAGGAAGGCAGGUUGGUUAAGACAGAUGUCGGAAAGCCUGCGUGGUCUUUUCCAAAGUCGUGA